ACAGUUACAAGAUCUAUUGUCUGCAGAAGGGAUGACCAGUAAGGACCUAAUGGGAAUUACUGUCCAUGGAGUUCACAUAUCUUAGCACCGAAGACAAGGACGGUUGACGGACGGGAAAUAUAUUUUCUCAGUUAUUCAACAGUGGUAUAGAGGAGAAAAUGGUAUGGUAUGAUAUCUUUACUCAUUGAGGUCAGUGUCCGUAUCUGUUCCUUUUUUUAGUUGUGAAGAGGUAAUUAAGAGCUGGUGACGUGGUCUCACCCACAAGGAAGAAAAAAAUGCGGAAGCAAGUGGUUGGGCCAUAGACUGUAUAUACAUCUACAUGUGUUGUCCCACUUAGAGCAGCUCUUUUUGCACAGAGAAACACACCCGGUGUUCUGAUGCUGGUUGAUUUCAUCAUGGGCUCUAAUGUAAAAAAUAUCUUGGCUCAGCUCAACACAACUGAACCUCAGACUGUGUCUACGCAGAAAAACCCCUCAGAGCCUCAGGCCAAGAUGAGCGUCCCAGUGAAGGGCUUAUCAAGUGCUGGCGUUGAGUCCAGCAGCACUCCGAAGAAUCCUUGGUCUGACAUUCCCAAGAAAAACUUUAAUCGGAACGUCAGCUCAGGGGUGCUCAAACUGGGAAGCAAAUUUGAGAAUUCGAGCGACACUGAGAAGACCUCUUUCCCCAAACCUGCGGCUCUAAAACCUGUUGCUGUAGCCAAACCAUCAUUGAACCUCGCCAAGCCCUCACCAAACACAGGCAGCACCACCACCGAAGGCAGCACUGUUGAGAAGUCCACUGGAAUCACUGCAACGCCAAAGCCCCAAUCAUUCGGAGCAAAACCAAGACCCUUAGUAGCAGCAAUCCAAUCCAGACUUUCCCAGGACAAUGUUGAGGAAAAUAUCAAGAAGGAAAACGUAGUGAAAACAUUGUCUUCUAACAAACCGUCAUUUCUGCAGGCUCAACAACAGCCACUGAACAUCCAUCUAAAGAGUCCAGACAUAAGUGCAGGAGGUCAAAAAAAUAUCAAUAAACCCCUGCUGUCUAAACUCCCAUCCAGUACCACGCCACCAAAGCCUUCAGUUAUAUCCCCUACACUUCCAAAAUCCACCAUACUUAAACCAAAGCCUGGCAUUGCUGAUGAAUCUAACUCUAAGGAGAAAACUGAUGAAGACUCAACACCUAAAAUCAAGCCACUGCCUAAUGUGUUUACUCUUGGGAAAUGCCCAAGUAAGCCCAAAAGGCCACCACAUGUUCAGCUUGACAGAUUCAAAUCAACAUCAACAUCCAUAGAUGAUCUUUCUUCAUCACAACCCGUCUACCUAAUAAUGCCAGAUGCAGAAGCAUCAGACACACCUUGCCAAGACGAAAGUUAUGAUGAUGUUGGCAUUCUGCACCCCUCACCAUCACUUCCAGAAAGUAUCAUUCAGCACCCUGAUCAAGCAGACGAGCAUGAAGAUAUGUAUGAGGACCUGGAGGAGAGAUGGGUUGAGAGGGAACAGACUGAUGCGAAGAAAACGGCAAAAGAAGACAAGACGAAAUGUGACAAAGAUGAGAAGAAACGCCUCGAACAGGAGAAGAAGGAACAGAAGUUGCGAGAGAAAAAAGAGCGUGAGGCCAGGAAAAAAUUUAAACUUUCAGGGCCAAUAGUGGUUUUGCAGGAGGUGAAGGCUUGUGUGGAUAGCAAGGGUGGCAAGAACGAGCUACCGCUAACGCAAGGAGAGGCUAUUGAGAUUGUUCGGAUCGUGGACAAUCCGGAAGGGCUCUGGCUGGUCAGGAACAGCGAAGGCCUCUAUGGAUAUGUCAAGACUGCAGCUCUUGAGGUGAACCACAGUGCACUUAAGGCAAAGGGUGGUCAGAUACCAGAUGGUCCUGGUGAAGUGUACGACGACGUGGGUGUUUCAGAUAUCAGUUUUCCUCCUCCACCUCCACCUAUGGCAAUUUCCCCAGGAAAUGAUGAUGAGGUUUAUGAUGAUGUGGAUUCUCCGCCACCUCCUCCAGCACAAACUGAUCAUCCAUCUGGAAAAGCAGAGGAAGUGGAUGCCAAGAAGAAGAAGAAAUUUGAAAAAGAGGAGAAAGAAUUCAGGAAGAAGUUUAAGUAUGAUGGAGAUAUCAGUGUGUUGUACCAAGUAAUGGUGGAUCCAGCCUUGACCACUAAAAAGUGGGGAAACAAAGAUCUUGCCUUGAAACCAGGAGAAACUAUUGAUGUCAUUGUGAAACCUCAAGAUGACAAACUAAUCGGAAGGAACAAAGAUGGGAAAUUUGGUUAUGUUUCCGUUCGGAACAUCCAACAGGAGUCUGACAUUUAUGAUGAUGUUGGAGAGGAUUGCAUUUAUGACAACUGAACAGCCCUGCUGAGUUACCUGAACUUGUUGAAAUGAUUGAAACGGAACUGAAUUGAAUUUUAACUAUUUGAGCAUGUAUGAGCAUACAUUUUUGUAUAGAUACAUGUCUGUGCCACAAAACCAAGACAAAUUCCAUGUUUCAAGGCUAUGUCAUUCCAAACGUCCCAUCGCAUUGAAUUGAUGCUGUGUUACUACAGUCCCAUUGUAAUUGUUUUGUAAUACAAAAUAAAAACCACUAGAUGAUACCACUACUUCUGAUAUCAAACCCAUGGACAGAUGAUCUCCCUUUGUCUGUGUAUUUUAAAUUCACUCUCUGA